UUGACUGAUUUUGCUCUCCAAAGAGAUGCUCUCCAAAGAGAUGUCCUCUCUUCUAUUGUCAGCGUUUGAGCGGUGAUGACUAAAGCCUUCUGUUCCUCGUCUUACUAUUACUCUACACUCUGGGAUCUAUCUAUCUGGACUUCUGUAGCAUGUUGGGAUACAUUCAGAGGGCUUUCUUAUCAGCAGAGUCCUCAUCCUCUUUCCCAGGUUUGUGGUAACACCUUUCAGCCCUGAAAAUUACCUGGAGAGUUCAUAGAAAAACAAAUGGAUUCAAUAUGAACUGGGAAUCUUUACAUAUCAAGGAGAAGCUGCUGUUACUCUGAAGGCAACGGGGCUUGGAUGGUGAAAGUCAACUGAUAUCCUACUCAAGAUGGUGCACCCGACAGACUACUCUCUAAUAGUCAUACCACUGAUACCACAAUAAGGACAACUUGAGAGAAACAACAUGGAAGGUGAAGGAAUAAAGAACUCAUCUAUAAAUGGCAAUGCGACCGACAUCCACCUUGCCACACACAGUCUAUGGGAGGUCAUAACCAUAGCAACUGUGUCGGCCAUCGUGAGCCUGAUUACGAUAGUGGGCAACAUCCUAGUGAUGCUGUCAUUUAAGGUAAACAGCCAGCUGAAGACAGUCAACAACUACUACCUACUGAGUUUGGCUGUAGCUGACCUCAUUAUAGGUGUGUUCUCUAUGAACCUCUACACCUCCUACAUACUGAUGGGAUACUGGGCGCUGGGGAGUAUUGCCUGUGACCUCUGGUUGGCUUUGGACUAUGUGGCCAGUAAUGCGUCAGUGAUGAACCUGCUGGUCAUCAGUUUUGACCGGUACUUCUCUAUCACCCGACCUCUGACCUAUAGAGCCAAGCGCACCCCCAAACGGGCUGGGGUCAUGAUAGGCAUGGCCUGGCUGGUGUCCCUCAUCCUGUGGGCCCCUCCCAUACUGUGUUGGCAGUAUUUUGUGGGGAAAAGGACAGUCCCUGAAAGGCAGUGUCAGAUCCAGUUCUUCUCGGAGCCAGUGAUAACAUUUGGGACAGCCAUUGCUGCGUUUUACAUCCCUGUGUCGAUCAUGACCAUCCUUUACUGUCGGAUCUACAAGGAGACGGAGCGUCGCACCAAGGACCUCGCUGAGCUCCAGGGCAUCAACAGUUCCACAGAUGCUGGUACCACCAAGCCCCAGAAAACCAUCAUCAGAUCCUGCUUCAACUGCAACCAGCUCAGCUCUGCCUCCCGGGACAGAACCCAGGCCUCCUGGUCCUCCUCCAACAGGAGCCACGCAGCCAAAUCAGCCGCUGCCACCAACGAUGAGUGGUCCAAGAGCGACCAGCUGACCACCUUCAACAGCUAUGCCUCCUCGGAGGACGAGGAGCAGCCCGUGUCCCCGGGGGUCUUCCAGCCCAUCUACCGGAACCAGUCAUGUGGGCCAAGCACGGGUGCAGAGGGCUGUGAGAAUGAGCAGCUCAGCAGUUACGAGGACAACUUCUUCCACAAGCCUCCCAAGACCAAUUCGCAUAAGAGCAAGAAGUGUGUGUCCUACAAGUUUAAACCAGUUCCCAAAGACACUACCAGCGGUGCCCAGCAGAGCAAGAAUGGGGACACCAACAUGGUCCCAUCAUCUUUCUCCUCAGCAGACUCCAUGAGUGCCCCACCCUCCACCACUUCCUGCAAGCCAAUAGAUGCAACUCUGAAGAUCCAGCUGACCAAGAGGAAGAGGAUGGUGCUGAUCAAGGAGAGGAAGGCUGCUCAGACUCUCAGUGCCAUCUUGCUGGCCUUUAUCCUGACAUGGACACCAUACAACAUCAUGGUACUCAUCUCCACCUUCUGUUCUGACUGUAUCCCUGUGUCUCUCUGGCACCUGGGCUACUGGCUAUGCUAUGUCAACAGCACAGUCAACCCCAUGUGCUACGCGCUCUGCAACAAGACCUUUCAGAAGACCUUUCGCAUGCUGCUGCUUUGUCAGUGGAAGAAGAAGAGAGUGGAAGAGAAACUCUACUGGUACGGGCAAAACCCUGUAGUGAGCAGCAAACUAACUUGAGCCAUUCACUCUGUCCUUCCAGAGGAACAAGUAUGAAGACCAUAUGACUCAGACACACAUGGAUAUAUUUCUGUUUGGUACUUGAAUUAUGCCUACAGGUAGGGUGUGUCAAAUGUACAAAGGUUAGAGACAAGACUAGUUUGUUCGUGGUAUUGUUCUUUAAUCAGUACUUUUCUUACUACUCACAAGAAAUACAAAAGUGCUUUGCCGAAAAUGUUGACACUGUACACCAAUACAUCAUUAAAUAUGGAAAUGUAAAAACAUAACCCGACAUGCACAAAAAAGUGAGAGAUGUUUUAGUUUUUUUUCUAACAUGCUCUGAUUGUUUUAGAGGUAUUAUGUUAGACUACAUUGUGUUUGCUUUAAGGGCUAUCACAGUUUUUGUUGUGCGAGCUGGACAACAAACGAUUGUACACUCAUCAAAGCCUUGUUCACGUGUGGCAUUCACUUUAGUCAGAUACAAACAACAAAACCUUCAACAGCCAAUCUUUCCACAAGCACAAACACAUACAGUCCAAAUGAAGCCAGACAGCACAGAAACACAGGGGAAGAGAUUUGAUGAAAGUAAAUGCUGAGGUUUCAGUAUCAAAUUCUUCCAAAUAACUAUUACUUUUAUUAUCGACUCAGCAGCUUUAGAGUGCGCAUACAUUUCAUAAAACGUGAUUUUAUUCUAUAGUUCACUGGACACAUCCGCAUAAAGUAUACACCUAACCAGGCAAGUGCACAGAUAGGGGUCAACCUGUGCCGUCCCACCAGCCCCUUUGCCCUCCCACUCGCCGAGUGCCCUUUUGGAUAGUGGUAUAUGUACUUUUUUGGUGUACAGGUUUGUUUUUGUUGUUCUGAUCUCACUGCACCCAAGUCAUUUUGACGUCAUCAAGUUCAGAUAAGAAUUAGCCUUUAAUCAAUUAUAGUGGGUACUUCUUUGUUUGGCGGUUAAGAUCCAAGGAUGAAAUCUUAUCAGGGAGUGAUUUCAUCAGCCCAGGGUCACUAUAAGUCACUUAGCACAGUGACAGCUCUCUACACAUUUACAUUCAGGGGGAGAGCAGGGUUUGAUUCAUGCACUGUUCUGUGUCAUGUAUUCAUACCAAUCUGUUUUACGUCCAUCUGUCCUCAGGAUACAGGCCUUUGUUUUGGUCAUUCUGUAUUGGACUUUAUCAUUCUUAUCUACCCAUUGAUAGAAAUAACAUUUAAAAAUAAUAAUAAUGACAUCGCUGAGUACUCCUUGCAAUUGAUCAUAAGAAAAUCUACUGUAAACUCACUGUAUAUAAUCUUGAUUGAUUCAGUACAUAUUGUUUUUUCUACCAACAACCACCACAUACAGUGCCUUGCGAAAGUAUUCGGCCCCCUUGAACUUUGCGACCUUUUGCCACAUUUCAGGCUUCAAACAUAAAGAUAUAAAACUGUAUUUUUUUGUGAAGAAUCAACAACAAGUGGGACACAAUCAUAAAGUGGAACGACAUUUAUUGGAUAUUUCAAACUUUUUUAACAAAUAAAAAACUGAAAAAUUGGGCGUGCAAAAUUAUUCAGCCCCUUUACUUUCAGUGCAGAAAACUCUCUCCAGAAGUUCAGUGAGGAUCUCUGAAUGAUCCAAUGUUGACCUAAAUGACUAAUGAUGAUAAAUACAAUCCACCUGUGUGUAAUCAAGUCUCCGUAUAAAUGCACCUGCACUGUGAUAGUCUCAGAGGUCCGUUAAAAGUGCAGAGAGCAUCAUGAAGAACAAGGAACACACCAGGCAGGUCCGAGAUACUGUUGUGAAGAAGUUUAAAGCCGGAUUUGGAUACAAAAAGAUUUCCCAAGCUUUAAACAUCCCAAGGAGCACUGUGCAAGCGAUACUAUUGAAAUGGAAGGAGUAUCAGACCACUGUAAAUCUACCAAGACCUGGCCGUCCCUCUAAACUUUCAGCUCAUACAAGGAGAAGACUGAUCAGAGAUGCAGCCAAGAGGCCCAUGAUCACUCUGGAUGAACUGCAGAGAUCUACAGCUGAGGUGGGAGACUCUGUCCAUAGGACAACAAUCAGUCGUAUAUUGCACAAAUCUGGCCUUUAUGGAAGAGUGGCAAGAAGAAAGCCAUUUCUUAAAGAUAUCCAUAAAAAGUGUUGUUUAAAGUUUGCCACAAGCCACCUGGGAGACACACCAAACAUGUGGAAGAAGGUGCUCUGGUCAGAUGAAACCAAAAUUGAACUUUUUGGCAACAAUGCAAAACGUUAUGUUUGGCGUAAAAGCAACACAGCUCAUCACCCUGAACACACCAUCCCCACUGUCAAACAUGGUGGUGGCAGCAUCGUGGUUUGGGCCUGCUUUUCUUCAGCAGGGACAGGGAAGAUGGUUAAAAUUGAUGGGAAGAUGGAUGGAGCCAAAUACAGGACCAUUCUGGAAGAAAACCUGAUGGAGUCUGCAAAAGACCUGAGACUGGGACGGAGAUUUGUCUUCCAACAAGACAAUGAUCCAAAACAUAAAGCAAAAUCUACAAUGUAAUGGUUCAAAAAUAAACAUAUCCAGGUGUUAGAAUGGCCAAGUCAAAGUCCAGACCUGAGUCCAAUCGAGAAUCUGUGGAAAGAACUGAAAACUGCUGUUCACAAAUGCUCUCCAUCCAACCUCACUGAGCUCGAGCUGUUUUGCAAGGAGGAAUGGGAAAAAAAUUCAGUCUCUCGAUGUGCAAAACUGAUAGAGACAUACCCCAAGCGACUUACAGCUGUAAUCGCAGCAAAAAGUGGCGCUACAAAGUAUUAACUUAAGGGGGCUGAAUAAUUGUGCACGCCCAAUUUUUCCGUUUUUUAUUUGUUAAAAAAGUUUGAAAUAUCCAAUAAAUGUCGUUCCACUUCAUGAUUGUGUCCCACUUGUUGUUGAUUCUUCACAAAAAAAAUACAGUUUUAUAUCUUCAUGUUUGAAGCCUGAAAUGUGGCAAAAGGUCGCAAAGUUCAAGGGGGCCGAAUACUUUCGCAAGGCACUGUACAUAGGUUAUUCAUUCAGUGAUAUUGGGUGAGUGAGUAAAAAUACUGCAAAUGUUGUAUUACACGUGUAAUAAGCUAUGAUAUCAUGACCACAAAAUGUUUGGUAUCGUUGAUCCUUUAGACUACAAGAAAACUGCACACAAUUUUUGGGGGGAAGGUCGAGGAGGAGACUUACGUGUAUGAAAUCCCCAAAAUAAUGAUAUAUUAUUUUAUAACUUAAAAAAAUGUGUGACAAGUAUAUUACAGUAUU